AUGAUCAAUCCUUUCAUGGACACGGGGCCGGGGCCUCACAGCCUGGCUCAUGGGGCCCUGAAACUGAGCCCCAGCAACAACAUGGGUGACCCCACAGGUCUGCAUCAUAACAAGUUCGCUGCCCAGGCCAACGGUUACAGCAUGGGCCACCACGGACAUCACACACCCAUAUCCAGCUAUGCAGCUCGAGACUUUCUUAUCCGCCGGGCAGAACAGUUCAACCUAUCAACCCAUGACGCCAGCCCCGGACCUCAUCCCGGAAUGUUUGGGGUCCCGUCUUCGGUUAGCAUGGGUCUACAUCCCUCGCACCAUCCAGAUAAUUCAGCUAGUCAUGUCCUGUUCCCCAGUUUAUCGGACCACAGCGCGGGACACCACGUGAACGGGCAAAUGUUCUACCAUCGGCCGGACCAGUUCAACCAAAUGGCGCCUCCUCGUCCAGAUCACUUUGGCCCACCGCAACAUCUAAACCCCAUGAGCGCUAUGGGGCACCAUCGUAUGAACAUGGGACCUCACGGGCCUGGCGCCUUUUAUCCUUUCAUGCGGCACCCCAUUAAACAAGAGCACUCCUGUCAGUGGGUCGACCAGGAUCAAGCAGAACCUCGAAAACCCUGCAAUAAAAUUUUUACGACGAUGCAUGAGAUUGUGACCCACAUAACUGUAGAACAUGUCGGCGGGCCAGAGCAAGCCAACCAUGCCUGUUUCUGGCAGGGUUGCCCGCGAGAUGGUCGACCUUUCAAAGCUAAAUACAAACUGGUGAAUCACGUUCGAGUCCACACCGGCGAGAAGCCGUUUCCUUGUCCGUUCCCCGGAUGUGGCAAGGUUUUUGCUAGAUCUGAAAACCUGAAAAUUCAUAAACGGACACACACAGGUGAGAAGCCAUUUAAAUGUGAGUACGACGGAUGUGACCGAAGGUUCGCCAACAGUUCAGACCGGAAAAAACAUUCGCACGUGCACACUAGCGACAAGCCAUAUAACUGCAAGGUCAAAGGGUGCGACAAGUCGUACACUCACCCUAGUUCCCUGCGGAAACAUAUGAAAGUUCACGGAAAAACAUCCCCUGUGCAAGACGGGUACGAUUCCGAUGCAGACAGUCGGUCAAGCGAGUCUUCAAAUCAUCCCCCCAGCCCGACCACGACGUCCUCGCCUUCAAUAGCAUCGCCGCCUAGUUCCCAGCAGCAGAAUAUACCAUCACAAUCCCAGCAUCAGGUCAGACAUCUUAUAUCCGCACCGGCAACGCUGCCGCACUUUCCUCAUCAUCCAAAUCCACUCCUCACACAUCACUCACAUCAUCCGCACACACACCACCCCACCAGCCUCAGUGAGUGGUAUGUUUGUCAGGGUGGUGGCUAUAUGCCUUCUGCUGCCAGUGACCAUUCAGCUCUUUCAUCCUUUGGGCACAUUUCCUCACUCGACCACCCACAAGUGCUGCAGUAUACAUAA